AUGGCCCCACGCAACGAUCGCGGACCGCACCGCAGUGCUCAUCGCCCCGACCAUGGUGGUACAGAGCGCCGCAACCGCAACGCUUACACUGGCGCCGGUGUCAAUGCUAGGCGUUCCACCAACGGUCGAGAUGGCAAUCGCAGGGUCCACUAUGAUCGGUAUACUCCGAGGGCUCGUGGUGGAGAUGAACGAGCGCGAGUUGAGCAUCCUAGAGGGCCUCUAGUGAAUCGCAUGACAUUUCCUGGGGAUUUGCCACGCGCUCGAGGUGCCACAGGCCGUGACCGUCCUCUGAGGCCUCCUCCUCGGCGUGGUCGUUACGUUGAGCCCCAGGGUCGCAUCCGCCAGCGCCAUGACGAGGGCGGUGGUAGACGAGACGUUCCUCAAGGUCGACAUAACAACAACGGUGCACAAGGGUUAUCUGCGCGCAUGACUGUCGAUGGCAAUGCCAAUGACGUGCGCAUGGACAACAACAACUCCCAGUUCACGACCGCCAACAACGCCACCGCAGCAACCCAAGAACCUUCUCUUUUCUACGGUUCCCAGCCUACCCAGGUCCCCAACAUACAGAUAUCCCCUUCGCCCCCUCCUCCCCCUACUGCUCCUGCCCUUCGCGCCACUACCUUUAAGCCGAUCCGCAUGUUCAACCAGCCUCUUGAUGAAGAUCAGCCCAAGCCUAAGCGCCCUAUCAACACCUACCGCGGCAACGACCCUAUCAAGAAGCUGGUGCAGAACCCGAAGCUUCGGGCUAUUCUAUCUGGUCGAGGGCUUCCGAAAACACGCAAGAAGGCGCUGGACGAUAGGCCAGACCUGCGUAUGGGCGUCAGCAAGAUUACCAAGUAG